CAAAAAAUAAAGUAAAAAGCGGUAAAGAUGAAGGAAAAGAAUUUCUAACGGAUCUAAGAAGAGAAGGGGAGGCUGUACAUUACAGAGGAAGAUCACAGGACAGUGUAGAUCACGUGACGUGGCUCUGGAGAUACGGAAAUUUGGAGAGACCAGACAUGGUGAGAUCCUGCAUAGGUCUACAUCCACACUGGGACAUUUACAUCAUCGACAACAAAGCUUACAGAAAACCAAGUAAAAUCCAUAGCUAUCCGGCAGAAGUCAGAUGCCAACUGUAUUGUUUACUUAUAUCUGAGAAAUAUCGGAUUAGUUCCAUUGAACAAUCAUACAGAAUCAUAAUGGCAAAAGUCAGACAAAGGUAUUUCCCUGAUAUUACUGAUGACGGCAGAGUAGAUCUUCCUGAUGGAAUCACAGAAACACGUGACGGUGUGAUAACCUUUAUAUCAGACGACAUCCGACAUGACGUCAUGUACGCCUUUGUUACGGAGUGUCUGGUGGAGGACAGUGAUCUGGAGUUUUUCCUGACCACGGCGUCACGUGACGUGAUAUCAGAAUACUGCCGGUCCUGGGAUUAUGAGAGGAGGGAGGGAGAGAGAUGUCUGUUUGUACCGGACAGACCGGAGAAGAUGUACGACCUCUUCAUAGACAAACUACAGCUGGACAUCAUCAGACACUGUACCGUGUCUGACAGGGGGAUUCAUGACAUGAUCAGUACACGUUUGGGAGUCCCGAAAGAAAUACUACGAUGGGACCAGAAGGCCAGAGAGCGGUAUGUGGAGUACGCUAAGAGAGGAACACAGACAGUCCACCACGCCCGGGGGAUGAUUGUAGGAUGUGCUGGGGCUGGGAAAACUACCCUACUUAAACGUCUGCUUGGUAGUAGUGGAGAAGAGAUUAAGGAUGUAAAAUCUACGGAGGGAUUGGAGGUGCAUGAGGAAAUAUUUGAUAUAUGUGAUGAAACAAAAUCAUUAAAAGCAAGAAAUAUCAACACAGAUGAUAAAAAUGAAGAAAGUUUUGCUACAAAUAUAAACUCAAAAACCUUGACAUUCUUUGACUUUGGAGGACAGUGUGCGUAUUACGCCUGUCACCAAAUUUACCUGACCAGGAGAGCUUUCUAUGUCGUGGUGGUGGACGCCUCUAAACGUCUUGACCAGAAGGUGGAUAAGGCAGUGUGUGACCAAGAUGGUAGUGUCUUUCAUGGAUGGACGUAUGGAGGGUUACUCUCAGAUGGCUGUUGA